AGGUAUACGGUUGUUCAAGGGAGUCACAGUGAGUGAUGUGGAGGAUUUGAAGCGUCGGUGUCCCGCGCGCUUUCACAUAAGCCUCAGCUGAGGUCUCGGUCUACGUGCAGAGACUCGCCGAGCUGAAUGAAGACCUUCCUUCCUUCCUGUCUCGCGACUGGAGCGGCUCACAAAAAACAUCUCCCACACCGAGAAGCCACAAGGAAGCGGAGGUCGCCCGGGAUUUACUGGACAAAUUCUGACAUAUGUGCCAACCGAAGUGGGAGGACGCUUGCAAUUAGUAAUGCUGAAAUAUGAGCGAAGGAAACCGGGGCGGGUGAAGGCACAUGGGAGAGGACUGUCCAUGUAGUCCGGGUCCAAGCUGAAAAGAAGGAAAAAAAAUUGUCUGCCAAGUGGAAUGAUUACUACGAGCAGCGUUUUGCUUUGGGACUGGAAACCGCUGCACGCCUAGUCCGCCGCAGCCCAAUUCCAUGGAGAAACAUUGGUGAUUCUAGACGCAAACUCUCUGUGUAAAUUUCAAUUUUCAUCAGUUUCAGGGAGAGAGGCAUUACCCAAAGCUGGUACCGAGACCAAAAUGCUGCGGGUGUCUUUGACAGCAUUGAGUCUUUCAUGGACUUUGUUCUUCUGCAACGUGAACAGCAGCUCCGCUCAAGACAGAAUGGGGUAUUUGGUCACUGCUCCCUCAGUGUUUCGAGCUGGAAUAGAAGAGAGUGUGAGUGUGACCAUCUUCAAUGCAAAAGCAGAGACCCGUGUCCAGGUCCAGCUCUCAGUAAAGGGGCAGACUGUUGCCCACAACCAUGGCUCAGUCCUCGACAAAGGAACAAUUAAAGUGAAGGUUCCCUCAGGGCUAAGGGGUCAGGCGAACCUCAAGGUGUGGGGAAACCGUCACGUCAUAGAGGGAGGCUACAUCUUCCACAACUUCACCACCGUCACCGUGGAGAGCAGAGGCACAGCCGUCUUCAUCCAGACUGACAAGCCUGUCUACAAACCCAAACAUAAAGUGUUCAUCAAUGUCUACACUGUCACUCCUGACCUGAGGCCAUUCAACGAUAAGGUUGAUGCAUACGUGUUGGAUCCAAGAGGAUCCCGAAUCGUCCAGUGGAAAGGUCUAAAAUCGAUCUGCUGUGGGAUCAUGAACAUGAGUUUGCCUUUGUCAGACCAGCCGGUGUUUGGAGAGUGGUUUGUCUUUGUUGAGGUGCAGGGGCAGACCUACAACAAGUCGUUUGAAGUACAAAAAUAUGUGAUGCCUAAGUUUGAGUUGGCCAUUGAUCUUCCCAGCUAUAUACGUGACCUGAGCAUAUGUGAGCAGGCCACUGUCAGAGCGAGAUAUACCUUUGGAAAGCCAGUGACGGGUAAGCUGACGGUGAACAUGACAGUGAACGGAGUGGGGUACUACCGCCAUGAGAUGGGCCAUCCUGUGAUCAAAACUAUGGAGAUCAAAGGUUCUGCCAACUUUAGCCUCUGUGUCAAAGACAUGAUGCCCCUGGAUGUCGCGGAUCAUUUCAGAGGAACAGUGAAUAUUUGGGCUUCGGUUACCAGCACUGAUGGUCACAGGCAAACCACAUUUGAUGAUUCCACUCCUGUUCAUAAGCAGCUUAUUGACAUAAAGUACUCUAAAGACACCCGCAAACAGUUUAAACCUGGUCUUCCCUAUAAAGGCAAGAUUGAGGUGACCUAUCCAGAUGGAAGUGCAGCUGAUGGGGUCAAAGUACGGAUAAAGGCAGAGUUGACGCCCAAGGACAACGUCUACACCAGCGAGCUGAUUUCUAAAGAUGGUCAAGCAAUGUUUGAGAUUCCAUCCAUCCCCACCGCGGCCCAGUAUGUCUGGUUGGAGACCAAAGUGACCUCUAUCAAGGGCAAACUAGUUGGGGACCAGUACCUGCCAAGUUACCUGUCCAUCAGUAGCUGGUAUUCUCCCAGCAGGUGUCACAUCCAGAUCCAAAAUCCCAGCACUCCACUCACAGUUGGCCAGGAGGCAGAAGUGGCUCUCAAAUCCACCUGCCCUUGCAACUUCACCUUGCACUAUGAGGUGGCCUCCAGAGGGAACAUCAUCCUUUCAGGUCAACAGCCUGCCAACCAAACCGCCCACCGCAGGGACAAAAGAGCCACCGUUACCUUUGACAAGAACAUCCACACCACAGAUCAUCCGUCCGGCACCAGCUCCUCUAGUCAAGAGGAGAUGGACACCUGUGUGUCUUACAUCCACUUCCCUGUCAGUCACAGAAUGGCACCACUGACUCGCCUGCUGGUCUAUUACGUCAGGGAGAAUGGCGAGGGCGUCACAGACAGUAUACAAAUCCCCAUCCAGCCCAAGUUCGAGAACCAGGUGUCUGUCUCUCUAUCUACGAAUGAGUCGAUGCCUGGUGACCCCCUGACUCUGCGCAUACAGGCUGAUCGAAGCUCUUGUGUUUGUGUCGCCACAGUGGAUAAAAGCCUUUAUCUCAUAAAGCCUGACUUCCAGCUCAGCCCAAACAAGAUAUUCAAAGAGCUGGCUGACUUCGAUAUAUCCGAUGCUUUUGGUUCUCCCAAAGAUGACGGUCACUUCUGGUGGCCUGGGCUGUUGUCAAAGAGGCGCCGGCGGUCGUCUGUCUUUCCUUGGCACUGGGACAUAACCAAGGAUGCUCGCUUUGCUUUCACAGAAACUGGGCUGGUCGUGAUGACCGACUUGGUGAGUUUAAACCACAGACAGAGCGGUGGGAUCUACACAGAUGAAGCCGUUCCUGCCUUUCAGCCGCACACCUCCACUUUAGCGGCCGCUAUGCACUCGCGGACGACUGUCAGAGCAGAGAGGCGGCGGCGUACGUUCUUCCCUGAAACCUGGGUGUGGCACUGCCUUAAUGUCAGUGCUGACACUGGGGAAGCUGAGCUGCGCCUGGAUGUACCAGACUCCAUCACUACAUGGGUGACCGAAGCUGUUGGCAUGUCUGACGCCAAAGGGAUGGGACUGGCCAAACCAGCGGAGCUUCGCACUUUCAAGUCGUUCUUUGUCGACUUCACAUUGCCCUACAGUUUGAUCAGAGGAGAGCAAACCAAAGUUCCACUUACCGUCUACAACUACCUGCCGACGUGCACCGAGGUUCACGUUAAAGUCUCAGUUCCAAAAGGCGUCAAGUUUGUUGGUCAUCCAGGAAAGUACCACCUGACCAGGAAGAAGUGUGUCCCUGCUGGGGAGGCGACAUCAACAUCCAUGGUUUUAUCUUUUGCUGAGUUGGGGUCUACAAACAUCACAGCACGUGCCAUCGCCUACAGCGAGCCAAAUUGUUGUUCGGAUGGACUUCAGACUGGGAAACUUGCAAAUGAGGUUGAAGAAAAAAGAAGCCCUGUCGGCCUAGAUUAUGUCCGUCGGACUGUGCUCGUGGAGCCAGAGGGUCUGCCCAGAGAGUACACCUACAGUGUCUUCUUCUGCCCAAAUGAGAGAAUCCACAUCUCCACCCCCAACAAGUACGAGUAUCAGUACGUGAAGAAGCCGGCCAAGAUGAACAUGUUCCAGGUGGCAGUCAAGAGCCACAACGAUGCCCAUUUUGCCCUCUCUGCCAGCCCCCAUGACAGCGUGGAAAUGUUGGAGAUUGUUCUCGGGGGACGCCAGAACACUCGCUCCUGGAUUUCUAAAGGCAAAAUGGGGGACGCUCUGGUCAGUGUCGCUACACCUGGCAUUUUGUCUUGGGAUGAGUUUCGCAGCUUCUGGAUAAGUUGGAAAGGUGGUUCAGUACAGGUGGGGCAUGGUUUAUAUCCAACGAAUGAAUCCAUUAUUAUGCAGUGGGCCGGACAGACGCCUUCUCAGGUGAGACAUAUUGGCUUCUCUACUGGCUGGGGCUCGGUGGGUGAGUUUAAAAUCUGGAGGAAGGAAGACUCGGACGAGAAUCACAACGAGGCGUUCACAUUGGGAGUCCCGCACAAUGUAGUGCCUGGUUCCGAGAGGGCAAGGACUUUCAUGAUCGGGGACGUGAUGGGGCCGACGCUAAACAACCUGGACAAGCUUUUGCGGUUGCCAUUUGGCUGUGGUGAGCAGAACAUGAUCCACUUUGCGCCCAACGUUUUCGUCCUCAAGUAUCUGCAGAAAACCCGGCAGCUCAGCUCAGAGGUGGAGAGCGAGGCAACUGAUUACCUUCUGCAAGGCUACCAGAGGCAACUGACCUACAAACGGCAGGAUGGUUCCUACAGUGCCUUCGGUGAGAGGGAUUCCUCUGGCAGUAUGUGGUUGACAGCCUUUGUGCUCAAGUCCUUCGCUCAGUCUCGGGGUUUCAUCUUCAUUGACCCAGAGGAGCUUCGGGCGGCUAAAUCCUGGCUCAUCAAACACCAGCGGGAGGACGGCUCCUUCCCCGCCAUGGGCCGCAUCCUCAACAAAGACUUGCAGGGAGGGAUCCAUGGGAAGAUUUCGCUUACAGCUUAUGUAGUAGCUGCUCUCUUGGAGACAGGAAUAACAACAGAGGAAGAGAAGGUAGCGGUGACGAAAGCCAAGGACUUCCUAGAGAGCAACACCUACUCUGCUGAUGACCCGUACACUACUGCCCUCUCUGCUUAUGCCCUGGCCAUGCUCCGCAGCCCUUACGCGCCACUUGCCCUGCGACGCCUCAACCACAUGGCUAUUACACAAGAUGGACUCACCCACUGGAGCUUGACUGGCAGCACGGUGGCAGAUGAAGACAGGUUCAUGGGUUUUAACGAUGGUCUCUCCCAGUCAGUGGUGUCAGCAGAAGUGGAGAUGACUGCCUACGGGCUGCUGACUUACACCCUCCUCGGGGACGUGGCUUCUGCCCUGCCUGUCGUCAAGUGGCUGUCCCAGCAAAGGAACGCGCUCGGCGGCUUCUCUUCCACGCAGGACACGUGUGUCGCUCUACAAGCCCUGUCAGAGUACGCUAUCCUGUCCUUCGUGGGCGGAGUGAACCUCACCAUUUCUUUGGCUUCGACCAACCUUGACUUCCAGGAGACCUUUGAGCUGAACAAGGACAACAAAAAGCUCCUUCAGAGUGCCAAGAUCCCCAGUAUCCCCACAGGCCUUUUCGUCAGCGCUAAAGGAGAAGGCUGUUGUCUGAUGCAGAUUGACGUUUCGUACAACGUCCCUGACCCCAUAUCCAAGCCAGCGUUCCAGCUCAGGGUGGAUCUGAAAGAGCCAUUUCAGGGCCGUCACCAUCAGCCGCCCGCCUUCUCCCGACAUCCCGCCUCGCGCGCCAGGAGCCGCGCUGAGAACAGAUCUGAGCUCAACCGCAAGCGCCGCGCUCCCAUUGACGAUGACGACCCUGCAGCCCAUCAGGACAAAAUGGAUUUUCAGCUCUCUUUAGAAGUCUGCACGAGGUGGCUUCACUCCGGCUCGUCCAACAUGGCUGUGAUAGAAGUCCCCAUGAUUUCUGGCUUCAGAGCAGAUGUUGAAAGUCUGGAGCGGCUUCUGAUGGAUAAACGUGUCGGUCUGAAGCGCUACGAGCUCAGCGGAAGGAAGGUGCUGUUCUACUUUGAUGAGAUCCCGAGCCAGUGUAUGACAUGUGUGGCCUUUCAAGCAGUCAGGGAAUACAUCGUGGGCAAGACAGCACCUGUUCCGGUCAAGAUCUACGACUACUAUGAACCAGCCUUCGAGGCCACGCGCUUCUACAACGUCAGUGAGAGCAGCCCCCUCGCUCGAGAGCUGUGCGAUGGACCCACUUGCAACGAGGUGGAGAGUUCCACCAAUCAAUGGAUAGGUUUUGUGCAGGCAAACCAGUGCAACAACGUGUUUGGCUGUCUGGAGGAGGAGCAGUUCGAGCGCUGCACUUGUCAUCGAGACUGCGGUUAUGAAGGCGAGCCAGUGUGUGGGUCGGACGGACAGCUGUACCAGAACCAGUGUCAGAUGGAGGUGUUUGCCUGCCGGAAUGGAACGCGCAUCAAGCAGGUUCCGAUGACCCAGUGUCCUCGAACAGAAACCAAAGUAGAGGACAAGCAGCCAAUACUGAACCAGGAAACUGAGCUGCCGUCUGUACCUGUACACACAGGUGAAGAGGAGCAGGGAUCCAUGGCCGAAGCUUCCUACUACUCUUACGAAUACGACCCGGACACAGAUUCAUUCCUGGCAGAUGCAGACGGAGAUCAUUUAAACUUUCCUGAAGAAACCCUGGAUGUUGAUCCGAAAGCUCCGCUUCCAGUUAAUACCCACUCUGUGAGAACUAGAAACCACCCUGAGCGAUGAGUCUCUCCAAGUGAAGCCAUACCUUCGUCCAAAAUUGUACAUUACUUGUGAAUAUGCGAGUGAAGCGAACAGUCCCGGCCCGACAGGAAGUGACGCUGACAUCCGGAGAACAAGUUUGUGUGAGAGCUUUUGUUAGCUGUGUUGUGACGCUAGUUUGUGCGUGCGUGCGCGUGUGUGUUUGACUGUUGUAAAUCGAGGCCCUUCAGUCCCCCCCAGAUCCUCCAAAACAAAUAGGCACUAUAGCAUCGCUUAUUCACUGUACUGCCUUCUUUAAUCACUAGAAGAAAUAAUCAAGUAUUUAUGUUUGUAAUUACAGCUGACGUAAGCAAAAAUAUUGUGUUAUAUUUUCUAUCUGUGGUAUUUAUUUGUAGCUAGGUACCUUUUAUUUUUCAUGUGUUUCCUUUUUUUUUUGUCGUUGUCUUUUUGUUGAACUCACGAUGGAGUAUUAGGGUUAUACCGAUUGUCGCCUCUAGGGGGCUCUUCUCGUUGAAAGGCUGUCAAAAUAAAUGCCUGCUCUGAUAUCGAAACUUCUCUGUCAAGAUUAUAACACUAAGACUCCAUCGUAGUCUAUAUCCGCCCUGUUACAUUCAUCCAACGUACAAGCUGUAAGACUUUUUUUUAAACCUUUGGCAGCAAGCUUUAACCCGAUUUUACUGCUUGAUGAUAUCCUGCUUGGAGGAGAGAGCACAUGUGCUGACCAGAUGUUCGACAGACACAUAAGCUGUAAUGUUAUUCAUUCAUUCGAGAAUGUCUCGAGACAGUGGACAGAAGAUCCUCAGGGAGCAUCCAGAGGUUGGGAGAUACCGACAUGCAACGCUGCUCCCUGGAGGACUGACCCUCACGAGACAUGUAAACUCCUGCUCUUCACCGUCCCUCCUCCGCCCCCAACCUACCUAGAGAUUUGAUUGUACAGUUCAUAAGCUAUUUUGUUUAUGUUUAAAUUUUGAUUCUUGAAGCAAUCGACGUUAAAAAAAAAUCAAGAACGCUGAUUUGAGUUCCUGUAAAUGUACCAAAAUGCAAGCCGCCUGUAGUGUGUAUUCGUAUCAAAUAUCAAACUUUUUAAACCAAGAAUA